GCAAAACCAAAUCUCCAACGCCCUUAGCAAGCGCGGUUAAUGCCAUCUCUCUCUACUGCUGCUUGCUUGCAGCUGCUCUGAGAAUCGGUCUUCUCCUUCUUGAAAUCGAAGGAAUUUGAGGCUCUUUUCGGCAGAUGCAGGUACUUGGUUGCAGUUCUUGAUUGCGAUGCAACUGUAAGGACACACAAAGAGAUGGAGGAGAGUACAACAUCAACCCUUGCUAUAGAUGGAAGAAUAUGUGGUAUCCGAUUUAGUAUAUCCACAGUUGAGGAAAUUUGUACAUCGUCUAUAAGUGGCUGUCCGAUUAGCCAUCCCAGUCAGCUCACGAAUCCUUUCCUCGGCCUACCAUUGGAGUCAGGGAAAUGCGAAUCCUGUGGGACGUCUGAACAUGGAAAGUGCGAAGGUCAUUUUGGAUACAUAAAAUUGCCAAUACCGAUAUAUCAUCCAUCCCAUGUCAGUGGAUUGAAACAUAUUUUAAGCUUGGUGUGCUUAAAGUGCUUGAAGCUUAAAAAGGGAAAGGUAUUGCACAGCCAUGGAAAAAAAAGAUCCACAAAUACUUCAUGUUCUUGUCUGGAUGUUUCGGCAAUUUCAGUUAAGGAAGUAAAAACAACAGAUGGUGCUCUUUGCUUGGAAUUGAAACUGCCAUCUAGGUCAAGGCUGCGUGAUGGUUUUUGGAACUUUCUAGAUAGAUAUGGGUUCCAUCAUGGUGGCGAGUCCUUGUGUCGCCCCUUGCUUCCUUAUGAGGUGCUGCAAAUUUUGAAAAAUUUCCCAGAAGAGACAAAAAGAAAACUAGCUGUGAAGGGGUACUUUCCCCAAAAUGGGUUUAUUUUGCAAUGCCUGCCUGUUCCCCCAAACUGUUUGUCUGUGCCAGAUAUUUCCAAUGGAACUACUAUCAUGUCUUCUGAUAUUACUUCAUCCAUGCUUAGAAAAGUUCUUAACAAAGUUGAAAUCAUCAAUAGAUCAAGAUCUGGUUCUCCAAACUUUGAGUCAUAUCAAAUUGAGGCUAAUGACUUGCAGUCAGCUAUUGCACAGUAUAUGAACCUCAGGGGCACCACAAAGGCACCUCAUGACAUUACUAGGAAGUAUGGGGCUGUUAAAGGGGUUGAUGAUUCUUCCACAAAGGCAUGGCUUGAAAAGAUGCGGACACUGUUUAUCAGGAAGGGAUCGGGGUUCUCUUCUCGUAGUGUGAUUACUGGGGAUGCAUAUAAAGGGAUUCAUGAAAUUGGUUUACCAUUAGAAAUUGCCCAAAAGAUCACUUUUGAAGAGAAGGUCACGGCAUACAACAUGGAUCAUUUACAGAAACUAGUGGAUGACAAAUUAUGUGUAACAUACAGAGAUGGUUCAGCCACUUAUGCAAUUAGGGAAGGUUCAAAAGGUCAUACAUAUUUGAAAGUUGGUCAAAUCAUAAAUAGGCGUAUUAUGGACGGAGACAUUGUUUUCAUUAAUAGGCCACCUAGUACUCAUAAACAUUCAUUACAAGCAUUUUCUGUCUAUGUGCAUGACGACCAUACUGUUAAGAUCAAUCCUCUUAUUUGUGCUCCCCUAGGUGCGGAUUUUGAUGGGGAUUGUGUUCAUAUAUUUUAUCCACAGUCUCUAGCAGCAAAGGCAGAAGUUUUGGAGCUGUUUAGUGUUGAAAAGCAAAUCCGUAGUUCUCAUAGUGGUAGUCUGAAUUUACAACUGGUGCAUGAUUCUUUAUUGUCACUUAAACUCAUGUUUAAGACUUUUUUCUUGAACAAAGCGACUGCGCAACAAUUGGCUAUGUGUGUUUCACCAGUUUUACCAGAACCUGCUUUGCUUAAGGCUCACCGUACAGGUCCUCUGUGGACUGUUUUGCAAAUAGUACAGAGUGCUUUACCUGCGUUUUUUGACUGCUUUGGGGAGAGGCAUUUGAUCAGUAAAAGUGAAAUGGUGAGGAUUGAUUUCAAUAGAGAUUUACUGCAGUCAUCAUUCACAGAGAUUGUUACUUCUGUUCUUGACAAGAAGGGAACAGAAGAGGCUGUUAAGUUCUUUAAUAUGUUGCAGCCGUUGCUGAUGGAGAUUCUCUUUUUAGAAGGAUAUAGUGUUGGCUUGAAUGAUUUUGACAUUCCCAAGGCCGUUACUGAAGAUAUAAAGAAGAAGAUUCAGGACAUAUCACCUUUGCUACUUCACUUGAGAUCAAAUUACAAUGAACUUGUAGAGUUGCAAGUGGAAAGCUACCUGAAAACUGUAAAACUGCCUAUCGUGACUCGUAUUCUAAAGUUAUCUGCUUUGGGUAAUUUGAUAGAUUCUAAAAAUGAUUCAGCUAUCAGUAAGGUUGUUCAACAACUUGGCUUUUUGGGGCUUCAACUUUAUGACCGAGGGAAGUUUUAUUCAAGGCGUUUAGUUGAGGAUAUGAGUUUCCACUUCCAAAAUAAGUAUUCUGUUAAUGGUGUUGACUAUCCUUCUGAGGCAUUUGGGUUAGUUAAGAGCUCCUUUUUUCAAGGUCUGACCCCCUAUGAAGAGUUGGUCCAUUCCAUAUCAUCCAGGGAAGUGUUGAUCCGUUCUUCCAGAGGACUUACUGAACCAGGAACUUUGUUUAAAAAUCUAAUGGCCACACUUAGAGAUGUCGUUAUCUGUUAUGAUGGGACAGUGAGAAACCUCUGCAGCAAUUCUAUAAUUCAAUUUGAGUAUGGACAGGUGGACGAAAAUAGUCCUGGAAGUUCUCUUGCUGGUGAACCGGUUGGUGUAUUAGCUGCUACUGCAGUAUCAAAUCCUGCAUAUAAAGCAGUUCUUGAUUCUUCUCAGAGCAACAACUCUUCAUGGGAAUCGAUGAAGGAAAUACUUUUGUGCAAAGUUAACUUCAAGAAUGAUAUUAUUGAUCGGAGAGUUAUUCUAUAUUUGAAUGAGUGCUUCUGCGGGAAAAUGCAUUGCAAGGAGAAUGCAGCAUAUUUAGUUCAGAAUCGUUUGAAAAAAGUCACUUUAAAGGAUGUUGCUUUUGACUUCUCCAUUGAAUACCAAAGGCAUCGACAAAUACCUGAAAGUUCAGAAGCGGAUACAGGCCUUGUUGGCCACAUUCACCUUGAUAAGAUGCGCUUGAAAGGACUCGACCGGAGCAUGGAUGAGAUCCUGCACUCUUGUCAAGAGGUUAUAAAUUGCUUUGGGAGAAAGAAGCACGCUCUUUCACCUUUUUUUAAGAAGAUUUAUUUGUCUUCCUGCGAAUGUUGCACACUUCAGCAACAAUGUGAUGAGAAGUGGUCUCAGCUGCCAUGCCUGCAGUUCUUCUACAAAGAUGGAAAUGGUGGUCCGCAGGGUGAGCAGGGUGAUACGAUUGAGAAAACUUUGCAGAUCAUGGCUGAAGCUAUCUGCCCAAUUUUGUUGGGGACUCUGGUUAAUGGUGACCCUCGAGUGCAUAUGGCCAACAUUAUUUGGAUUGGUUCAGAUUCGACAACUUGGGUGAGAAAUGAUGGGAAGUUGCGGAAGGGUGAGGUAGCUGUUGAAGUGGUCAUUGAGAAAGAUGCAGCCAAAAAAAGCGGUGAUGCUUGGAGGGUAGCCAUGGAUUCAUGCCUACCUGUGAUGCACUUAAUCGACACGAGGAGAUCGACACCAUAUGGUGUUCAACAAAUUCAAAACCUGCUCGGAAUUUCAUGUGCUUUUGGUCAGUCAGUUCAGCGACUGUCAACAUCUAUAAAAAUGGUUGCAAAAGGCGUGCUAAAAGAACAUCUUAUGCUUGUGGCAAAUAGCAUGACAUGCAGUGGAAAUCUUAUUGGUUUCAAUACUGCUGGCUACAAGGCCCUGUUUCACUCUUUGAAUGUUCAAGUCCCAUUUACAGCAGCCACAUUAUUUAGGCCAAUUAAAUGUUUUGAGAGAGCAGCUGAAAGGUGUCACACGGAUUCACUAUCCAGUAUAGUUGCAUCAUGUUCUUGGGGUAAACAUGUCGCCGUUGGCACAGGAACACCUUUCCAGAUUAUGUGGAGCAAGAAAGAGGUGGCAUCAAAUCUAGAUGUUGUAACAGAUGUGUAUGAUUUCCUCCAUUUGGUAAGCACUAUUUCUAGUGAAAAAGAAGUAAGCAAUGAAUGUCUAGGUGCAGAUGUUGAUGAUCUUUACGAGGAAAAUGGAAACAUGGAGUUUUGUCCUUCACCGGAGCUCAACUCAGCAUCUGAGAAGCCAACGUUUGAUGACUCUGCUGAGAUUCAGCGCAACUUGGAGGAUACGGAACUUGAGAAUGGGAAAGCUAACAUGUCAUGCUGGGGACAAGCUGCAGCUGCAGAAGUGAAAUCAAAUGGUUGGGGUGGCUGGGAUGUUGAUAAACAUCCCAAUUCAAGCAAAAAUGAUAUAACACCAUCCAAAACAAGUGUUUGGUCUAGUUGGGAUACUGAUAAAAUGGAAACACAGGCAACUCAACCUAUCCAAUCAUCAGAAUUGCCUGGAACCAGUUCUUGGAAUGGUAUUGGAGAUGCGAAAAAGAAGCACCAUACGCAAUCAGAUCAGUCUAAUGCCUGGGGUUGCUGGGGCAGUAAUAGUGUGGGAGAUGCGGAAAAGAUGCACCAGACGCAAGCAGACCAGCCUAUUGCUCACGGUGGCUGGGACAGUAAUAGCAUGGGAGAUGUGAAAAAGCACCAGACACAGUCAGAUCAGUCUAAUGCAUGGGGUGGCUGGAGUAGUAAUAAAAAGGAAACACAGGCAAGUGAAUCUAAAAGACCAACAGCAGAGGAGUGUCCUGUAUUUAAUUCUUGGAAUAGAACAGAAGUGCAAAAGAAGCAGCCUGUUCAAUCUGAUCAAUCUACUCCCUGGGGAGGUUGGAAAUCAAAUGAUGCAGGAAAUGAGAGGGUUGAAGAUGUUAAAUCCCAAGAUGUAAAUUGUUGGAACCAACCGAACGAUUCAUCUGCCAAACCACAUGUUUGGGAUAAGGACAAGAUGCAUGGUCAAUCUAAUUCUGUCUGGGGUAGUCAGAGCCCAAAGGGUACCCAUACGGAGAGAUCUUCAGACAUUGGUGGUUGGAAUGAAGACAGAGGACAAGAUGAGUUGAAUCAACCAACAAGAUCUCCUGUUUGGAGUUCUUCCCCUAUUGAGAAGUCUUCAGAUGACAGCAGUUGGAAAGAAAAUAGAGCACACGAUUGGUCAAAUCGACCGACUAGAGCUCCUGGAUGGGGUUCUUCGAGUGCGGGUGACCGAAGAAACCAGAGAAGCCGUUCUACCCAGUCACCUGCACCUGUGGGGCCUGAUGGUCGGAAUGCUAAUGGGAUUCUCACUGCCACUGGAAGACGCUUGGAUCUAUUCACAUGUGAGGAAGAGAAAAUUCUUAAUGAUGUUGAACCAAUUUCCCUGUCGACAAAACGAAUUCUACAUAAUUCCAGCUACAAUGAUGGUGAUCGGCUAUCAGAUGAAGAUCAGUCCUGGGUACUCGAUAAUGUUUUUCAGCACCAUCCCGACAAAGCGACAAAAAUGGGUGAAAAGAUUGACUAUGUCACGGUUGGUAAGCACGACAAAUACCAAGGUACCAGGUGCUUUUUUGUCGUCUCCACAAAUGGUUUUAGAGCGGAUUUCUCUUACCUCAAAUGCCUGGAGAACUAUGUCAAGGAGAAGUACCCUGAUGGUGCUGAAGCCUUCAACCAAAAGUAUUUCAAAAAGCGCCGGUCAGAGGGCAUGAACCAGCAGCAAACGGGCAUGAACCAGCAGCAAACACAGUAGCUGUGGAUCCAACCCCCUUGGGAAGAUAGAACAAUGAGUUUGUGUAGUGGGUUUUUUACUGUGCAUUGGUCGUAUGUAUAUAUUUUCUGCCAUCUGCCCUUCCCCAAAUGUGGUUAACUUCUCGUUUGCCCCUUUUAACUACUGUAUAUAUUUGUCAUCUCUCUGAUGAAUGCACCACCCAAUUUGGGAGCGGUUCGGCCAUAUGGCUAA